AUGUACAUGUUCAAGUCUCGCAUUUGUGAGUUCUGGCUACAAAUAAUAAUAUCUUUCAUUAAUGUUGUCAUAUUGGUCUCUAUCACUUAUCCAGUUGUGAGUAUUAUUAAAUUACAAAGUCCUCCCAUUUUCUUGCGUUGUGUAUUACUUUCAAUCUCACCUCUCCCUCUCAAUCUGAAUCUCAAUCUCCAAUUUCCCAAAACCUGCACCACCAUGAAGACUUCUCCAUCUUUCCCUUCAAAAAGAACAAUUUUUCUGGCUUUGAUGGUCAUGAUUUUCUUGAUGUUCUUCUCAUCAGUCACCACCACCACCACCACAUCCACUAGAAUUUCACGGUCAGGGUUCGGAGAAGUCUCCUCAAGCUCAAUCCAGAAUCAUCAGCUCUACAAUUACCGGAAGGUUCAGGCAGGCAAGAAUGGAGUCCAAAAAUCUUGGAAUACGAUCUCAAGAGGCAGCAUGCAAAGCCCACCUGCAGCCAUGAAUAUGAUCAACUGCUAUCAGUUCCAGAGAAUCCGCGACUGCGCACCAUUCUCAACUCCACCGCCACCGCCACCAUCGGAUUACGAGAUUGACCCAAGAUAUGGUGUAGAAAAAAGAUUAGUCCCUUCUGGGCCCAACCCUCUUCAUAACUAAAAUUCCACCAUUUCAUCAUCAUCACAGUUUACAGCACCACCUCUCUCACUAUUCCAUCCAUUACCUUUCAUUUUCACAAGAAUUUCACAUACUCCAAUACCUUUCUUGGACCCCUUUUUCUUUUCGUUUCUUGAAGUCUUUUUUCUCACUCUAAAAAUCUCGUCCUAGUUACUUUCUUCAUAAUUACUACCAAUCUGCUGAGCCGUUGCCCAGUUUUUUU